UCGAUCUAAAUUUACAAUGUUGUCGGAAAAAGUACUACCUGUUCUGGUAAGUCACAAGAUUGGGAACACCUAAGGGUUCGAAGUUGUCGUGGUUGCUACUUGAAAUUUUUACGAAGACGUCAAAAUGGAAAAUAACGCGAAAAACGAAGAUGUUGAAAUUCAAGGAAACAAUUCAGUGACCAAAAAAGAAGAAACUCCACCACAGAAUGUACAAAAUUGUUCAGAGGCCAAGGUACCCACGGAUUCCAAAAAUACUCAAAUUCGCGUCGUUCGAGGCACGAAAAAAAUGAAAUUGGAUGCUGGUGAUAGCAAUAAUUUGGAAAAGAAAGAUUCCAAGGAAGAAGAGAAUAAUGCUGAGGCCAAAGUAAGAUCUAUGAAAAGGUCUUGUGAAUUAUGGUCUAUGGAAGAUAAAAAUACCUUCUUCAAGGCUUUGAACGAAUAUGGAAAAGACUUUGAUGCCUUACAGAGUUAUUUCUUGUGUCAAGGAAAGAAGAAAGGUCUACCAGAUGUUAUGAUAAAGAAUAAGGAACAGAUAAGACACUUUUAUUAUAGGACUUGGUUAAAAAUUUCUAAACAUUUGAAAUUCUCAGAAGAUGUAAAGAAAACUUCCCAAGAGUUAUAUGGGUUAAUUAACUAUGGUGAACUUAGAAGGAAGUUACCCCGGAUACAUGAGAAAAUACAUUUGAAAUUAAAUGAAUUAGUUUAUUGGGGUUCAACACAAGUCAGACUUAGAGGAAAAACUAUGAGAAUUAAAACACCUAUAUGUAGAGCAUUGAGAAAAUUAAAUCAACUAGAAGAUUGGCAAGAAGAGAUCAAAUUGCCAUCUAGAAUAACCAUUGAAUUAAGACCCCGUAACAACAUGGCAUGGUGGCAGGUGCAAGCAUCAUCAAUGAAUCCAAGAGUACGCACCUUGCUGCCUAUACAAAGACGUUUAUCUAGUUUAUUAAUAUUUCUGCAACAAAGAUGGAGGCCUGCAAAGUAUAACACAUCCUCUAAUGUGGAAAAUGUUGUUAACAAUGAAAUGAAGGAUACUCGACUUUUACGCGUGGCACCAUCUGAAGGAUGUAAAAUUGCUUUGCCAAUGGUAAAUCUUGGAGAGUAUCUCACUAGCAAUAGUGUUAGUUUAAAUUCCUAUGAAAAACGUCUUGGAUUAAAAAGUUCCAGAAUGGAUCUUUUGGGAUCAGUACAAUACUUAAAAGGGGUUGGAAAAAAGGGAAUAAAAAAGAACAAAGUAGACAAGAAAUGUGCAAAUCGAAUAGAAGAGAAUUGUACUUUACCUGACAACAAUAGUGAUAUAGAUGUGAUAGAAUCUGGCAGCAACCUUUUAGAAAAACCAUCGACUGUGAAUAAUACAGAAAAAUCAAGUUCAGAACAACAAACGGAACCUAACAGGUUUCCAGGAAGGGAAACCAUCGAGAGAAUUCGAAAAGGAUGGAACGUUGAAGAAGCAAAUACCAUCACUGUAGGGGACCUCUUUUUAAUGUUCGGUCGGGAAUCGAAAAUUACUUUGGAGUAUUGGUGGGACUGGAAUCCUCGAGAACAAAAUACUGGAGAGUCCACAUCGACAUGCUUGCGCGACGAUAAUCUGUGUUUAACUUUGCAGAAGCUACUGUCUAUAGCAAAACACAGUUAUGGUACAAACAAGGUAUAUGACAAUACUUCUGGUAGUAAUGAGACUGUGAUUUCAUCUCGAGUACUUUCAACGAAAGAAUCGACUUUCAGAAGGCCUCUUGUUCCACAAACUUAUCACAAAAUUGGUACACCAGAUGCUUUCAAAACGCAAUUAGAUAAAUUUAAAACGCGUUUUUGUAAACGUGGUAGAACUGUAAGACAAAAAAGCCUUGUUGUGCAAAGGGUAUUGCCACUGAUAUCCACGUCGAGUAGUCCAGUAGAAGAUAUAACGCCCAAUUCGCAAGAGACAAACAAAAUAACUAAUUCUUCUAUAAGCCACAAUGAUCAACAAAAUAAUAAACCUCUAUCCAUAAAUAUAAGCGAACCACACCAAGAGAAAAACUUUUUGGAUGAAUUCGAAGUGGCAAGAGAUUCGAAACCUACUAAUUCUAUCAUAACAAGCGCCACGCAAAUACUUAAAGAAGGAGAACAUCAAUGGUUGAACAGUGAGGUAGCAGAUUUUUCAUUAAGCAGCUUUCUGGGUCAACUAGAAUCUCCUAUGAAAAUCUCACAAAGAAGUCAAAACGGAGACAAUAUUGUAGAAGAUAGUCGUCCAUCGUCUGAUGUCGUUUCACACAUGCAGUGUCUCAUGGGAGAAAACAGCGUUGAUUACAUGGCGAAAUUUGCAAAUCUCGCCUCGCAAAUCGCUUCAGACGAUAGUAAAAAGUAA